AUGGCGAACGUCGCUGCGGCCUUCGCUCUUGUGUCCCAGAAAUUUUGUAUUCAGGAGUUAAAUGCCCUUCAGAAAGAAGCCAUAAUCCAAUUCGUGGAGAAGCAGAGAGGUGUGUUUAUUUAUCUACCUAGUGGAUUUGGAAAAUCCUUAAUAUAUCAAGCGUUGCCAUUGGUUUUCGACGCCAUGCAUCGAGAAGGCCAUAUUGUGGUUGUUGUCUCACCUCUCAUAAAUCUUAGGAAAGAUCAGGUCCAAAAGUUAAAAAAUCUUGGAAUCUCUGCCGUCACCCUCAGUGACAUUGAGGAAGAAGACGUAAAGGCAGUUGAGAAAGGUGUCUUUUCAGUCGUUUAUGGAAGUCCAGAGGGUUUUUUGAAAAUCGUACGAUGUAGGAAAAUGUCAACAAGCGACAUACCACAUGUACAGGGCGAAGUUGUGUGCAAUUGCAGUCGAUGA